AUGAACGGUGGACUCCCCACGUGUACUAUCCCAUGCCCGGGUGGCACCUUUUGCAGCUGCUUCCAUGUGUUCAUGGCGCAAAUAAUCGCCGUCAUCAACAACAACACUGAACGGAGCAGAGCAGAGCAGGCCAGGACCCAGGAUCCAGUAGGACCCAGGCAACCAGAAAUGCUGGGGGAUAAAGAUGAGUUGAGAGACGUUGACGCUGACGCUGACGCCAUUAGCACCGAGUUUUGCAGCAUCAACGACAAACUUUAA